GAUCCCUUUCUCAUCUGCAGCGGGGAGUCGCGCGAACCCAGGCAGCAUCCCCGAGAGAGCAGGAUCGCGCCCCCGACCCACCCGGGAUCUUCUGCGCGAGCUCUCCUGCCGGGCUCUGCUCCUGGCACCGAGCCUCGAGGGGGCCGGUUUGGUUGGUUGGUUGGGGGAGAGGCAGCUUUGGUGGGGACCUAACCCCUUCCCCCACCCUGGCGAAGGAGAGUUUACGGCUUUCACCUAAUGCGCGUCUCUCCAGAUGUGGCUCUUACACUAAAGCAGAGUUUCCGCAGGCAGAACCUUUGAAACGCCUGCGCUCCUCCCGCAGACCCCCUCCCUCGAAGAUCCCCUCCCCGGGAUGCCGGGCUUUUGCCACCGGGGAUGCCCCCAACUCCAGAUCCCCCCUGCGCCCCAACCUAACCCGCCUUCAGGGAGCCCCAGAUUCUGGAUGCGCUUGGCGGAGUCUGGCUCUCUCGGGGCCAAGCCCCACAUCCACCCACCCGGGCAGAAGUCUCCAGGCGUGGGAGGGGAUGCAAAGGCGAUCCUACCCCCCACCCAUCCCACGCGGAAGGCCGUCCUCCUGGCUUCUCUCCGCCGGGGAGGGACGGCUGAUGCCUGGGCGCGAUAGCGGCGCUCCCCCGCGGCUCUGCGUCUUCUGGCCGCCGUCCAAGAGGAGGCGAGGCUGGCAGGGGGCGGGCGGGGGCUGGGGUUUCUCCCGGCCAGGAGCGCCGCCCUGCAGACUCCCCUCCCGGCCGCCUCUCGCAGACAGAUCGCAGCCCGCGCGGCUUCCACGUGAAGGAGCUUCUCAGCCAGGCAGGUUCCUGAUGGCUGCCCGAGCUCCCCUCCUGCUUCUGCUGGCCCUCUGGGGCUGCUGCGGCCUCUCCUCCUCGUCCUCCUUCCCGCAUCACCUGGUGCAGCUGAACUCGCGGCGCAGCGCCUGUAAGCCUGUGCCCAGCAGCAUGAGCCUCUGCCACGGCGUGGGCUACAACGAGAUGCGGCUGCCCAACCUGCUGGGCCACGACACCAUGAAGGAGGCCCUGCAGCAGGCGGCCUCCUGGGUGCCCCUCUUGACCAAGCAGUGCCACCGGGAGACCAAGAAGUUCCUCUGCUCCCUCUUCGCCCCCGUCUGCAUCAGCCAGAUGGAAGAGCCCAUCUUCCCCUGCCGCUCCCUCUGCGAGGCCGUCCGGGACAGCUGCCUGCCCGUCAUGGCCGCCUUCGGAUUUCCUUGGCCCGAAAUGCUCAACUGCAGCCGCUUUCCUGGGGGCAACGAGCUCUGCAUCCCCCCGGUGGGUCCCGAAGACCAAGAACAGCCCCUGCGAGAAGAUGCCGUAUGCGCAGCCUGCCUUGAUUCUGGACCGAGUGAGAAGGAUUUCUUGGAGAAAGUCUGCAACCAGGAUUUCGCUCUGAAGAUGACCAUCAAAUCCUUGUCCGGCGUUGGGGGUGACCUGAAAGUCAUCCCAGAGCUCCGUGGCCGGUCACUUUACAAGCAGGCCAACUGGUCCGAAGAGGAGCGGAAGAAGCCGGUUCUGUGGCUGGCGGACGGCGAGGCCUGCUCCUGCGAAGAACUGGCUGGGGGGCCGGGCACCGUGGUCCUGGCCAUGGGGCACCGUCUUAGCAACCGCCUCGUCCUCUCUUGGGUCAGGAGGUGGAAACACGGGGAGAAGGAGCUGAAGAGGUUCUCCAGGGCGGUGCGGAAGCUGCAGUGUUAGAGGGGGGGGGCUCCUAGUUGCCCAUCAUCCUCUGCCAGCUGUGGACCCUCGGGGUGGAAGUUGGGCCUGCCCCAAACUUUGCAGGCAACCGGUUUCUCCAGAUCACAGAUGAAUUGCCACUAAGAGAGUAGCUAGCAAACUAUGAGGAAUAGAAAAGGUCAAACGGUUCUCCUAUGGUGCUACAGAGAAGGGAAGAUGGGGAGGGGGGGGGCAUAAUACAGAUAGUCCUCGAUUUACAACAGUUCAUUUAGUGACCGCUCAAAAUCGCAAUAGAACUGAAAAAGUGACUUGUGGCCAUUUUUCACACUUUCACGACCAUUGCAGCAUCCCCACGGUCAGGUGAUCAAGAUUCAGGCGCUUGGCAACCGGUUCAUACUUAUGACGGUUGCAGUGUCCCAAGAUCACUCGACCCCCUUUUGCGACCUUCUGACGAGCAAGGUCAGUGAGGAAGCCAGAUUCACUUAACGACCGGGUUACCAACUUAUCCACUCCAGUUCACAACUUCACAAGAAAGGUCGUAAAAUGGGGCAAAACUCACUUAACAAAUGUCUUGCUUAACAACAGAAAUCUUGGGCUCAGUUGUGGUCGUAAGUCGAGGACUAUCUUUAAAAUGACAAGACGAGAAGCAAGAUAGAGGGAGGGACACUUUUUGCUAGACAAUCACAACUGCAGGAAACUGACAGGGAGCAAUUCUGUUUUUUAAAGCCAGAGAUGCAGCAAUAUUAAAAUUUGCAGCCUGAAUCGCAUUGAUCAGGGAACAAUUUUGGAUUAUCAAUUUUGCGCCCAGGUAAAAAGAGAAGCUGUGCCCAGCUGGAAGGAACCUGUGGCACCUCUCGCUUCUCAAUGCCCCACCAAACAGCCCACGGAAGGCCGUUUCAGGCCCACUAAAUAGUGGCAGGUUAGUGGAUGGCCGUCUGGCCACAUUGGCACAAAAAUAACGUGGCAGGUUUCUGGUGGUUCAUCAAUUGGGCAAUUGCCAGCCUGGUGAAUUUACAACCCACCUGGGUAAAACCCAGAAAAUGGGUGGCUUUGGUGACUAGGCAAAAGAAUUCCUGAACCACUGAGUCAUUGGCACCAACUCGGACCCAAGCGGCUACCAGCUCUCUCAACUGCCCUGCUAAGCAAAAUGGUUGUAGGUGACCGCUUCAAAUGCCAAAUACCCCACAUUGGCCAGUUUUGUGCCUUAGGCUGGACCCAAGUGGUCUUGGCUAAGGUGGGGGUGGGGUUCAGCGUUUGGUGGGUUUCCAGCCAUUGGUGCCCCAGAACAUGGAAAUGGCCUGAGCGAGAUUUGCUUCCGGCAUUCGUCUGUCUGCCAACCUAUUUUAUCAGUUCUUGAGGCUUUCAAGGUGAGCCUGAGGGACCCAGCAGGAACAGGUCUGAGAUAUUUGGCAGCUCAAACGUCCAUGUGAUGGAUACACUGCAUGGAGAGCCUCCUAAUGCAAGCAGGGUCCACCUGUCUUCUCAUGAAUCCUGGUUGGUGAAGGUAGAAUCAUUUGAUGUACCAGAAGGUCUGUGCCCAUAAUUCUGACAAUACCACUAUCUUUGUGGUAUCCAACAUGCCAUCAGAAGCUGCUCCUGAAAGUCAACCUCUAUUUCUGUUCUGUGACCUUUUUUUUGUUAUGCCUCAGCUAAAUAGUUUGCUGUUAUUAAAGGAAGCCCAUGU